UUGUACAGCAGCGUUGCCAUCGUGGACUCCGACGUUGUUUCUCUACGACGGCAGGGUUCUGCGGCGGGCGUGUCUGAGGCAGCUGUCGAAGGCGUGACGUGGCAAACCGUGCGAGGAUUGGCAGAGAUGGACAGUCAUGGCUGCUCAAACGGUCUACGCGACGAAGAGAUCGACGUCGUGGCGAUGGCGGUGACUGCCGUCGUCGUGAACACGAUGGGCGACAAGGAGUCCUCGUCGCGCGACAUGCUGACGCGGCUCCGGCAACGAAGAGCGUUGUUGCAGAGGCGCCAGAUUGCGCGGCGACACUCUGCGAUGGUGGAUCAAACGACGGACUGGCGGGACAUGGGAGGACCUCCGGCUUCGAGACGACGUGACGGACGAGUACUUCCGGCAGAAGCUGCGCAUGUCGACGGCCAUGUUCAACCACAUCGUAGCCGCGUGCGCCGCGUACAUGGAGAAGAAGGUGACACACUAUCGAAUGCCAUUGCCAGUGGAGCAGCUGAUUGCUUUCGCAUUAUACAGGUGGGCGUCCGGAGAGACGUACGAGAGCGGCACGUCAACAUUUGGCAUCGGCAGGCGACUGAACUGCAGGCCGUCCGCGACGUCACUUCGGUGCUGCUGCAGGUGUACCCCGACGCGAUAAAGUGGCCAAUGGGCAGGAGACGUGCGCAGAUUUUGCGCGCUUUCCGUGAGAAGGGUUUCCCAAACUGCUUCGGCGCUAUCGACUGCACACACAUCUACAUUGACAAGCCAGCCAGCGCACCUUCCGAGAACUACUACGACCGCAAACAGAAGUUCUCCGUGCAGGCGCAGGUGGUUGUGGAUUUGGAUUUGCUGAUCCUCGAUGUCCACGUGGGAUACCCUGGAAGUGUGCACGACGUCCGUGUCCUGCACAAUUCCCAGUUGUUUAGGCGUGCAGAAAGUGGCGAGCUGUUCGACGCAACUCCGGAGAAUCUGCGGCAUGGUGUCGUCACGCGAGGCUACCUGUUGGGCGACAACGGUUAUCCAGUUGCCUGUCCGUGGAUUGCGUCGCCGUACGGAGGAAUCGACCAAGGUGCUGACGAGGAGCGCUUCGACACGUGGCAAAAGGUGGCGCGGGGGUGUGUGGAGAGGGCAUUCGGCCGACUCAAGUGCAUGUGGCGUCUGUUAUUGCGCACCCAUAAGAUGAACCAAGAGACCUUGCCACAACAAUUCAUGGCUGUCUGCACUCUCCACAAUAUCCUCCUGGACGCGGGGAUCGACUUCGACGAGAACCUUCUGUGGGAGGUGGAUGCGAACGGCGUUCGGCGUAGAGUGGACUUGGGCAUUGUGGGGAACGGCGCUCACGGGCGGGGAUGGUGCACGAACGUGGAAGGUGAAUUGUUGAGGGAUGCACUGCGAGACCGCCUAGCUUUGAUGUAGGACCGUGGGGUAGGGAGGUGGUGCACACGGGGUGGUUCGAUCGGUAGGCGGCUGGAGUUAUUACGUGGUCCGUGUC